AUGAGAAGGAACCAUCAGGAUGAACACAGUCAGGGGACAGAGAGGUGUGGUAUCUCCAAUGCCAUUCUCUACGCCCUGACUGAAUCUGUAAACAACUCCAUGAGGUGUGGUAUCUCCAAUGCCAUUCUCUACGCCCUGACUGAAUCUGUAAACAACUCCAUGAGGUGUGGUAUCUCCAAUGCCAUUCUCUACGCCCUGACUGAAUCUGUAAACAACUCCAUGAGGUGUGGUAUCUCCAAUGCCAUUCUCUACGCCCUGACUGAAUCUGUAAACAACUCCAUGAGGUGUGGUAUCUCCAAUGCCAUUCUCUACGCCCUGACUGAAUCUGUAAACAACUCCAUGAGGUGUGGUAUCUCCAAUGCCAUUCUCUACGCCCUGACUGAAUCUGUAAACAACUCCAUGAGGUGUGGUAUCUCCAAUGCCAUUCUCUACGCCCUGACUGAAUCUGUAAACAACUCCAUGAGGUGUGGUAUCUCCAAUGCCAUUCUCUACGCCCUGACUGAAUCUGUAAACAACUCCAUGAGGUGUGGUAUCUCCAAUGCCAUUCUCUACGCCCUGACUGAAUCUGUAAACAACUCCAUGAGGUGUGGUAUCUCCAAUGCCAUUCUCUACGCCCUGACUGAAUCUGUAAACAACUCCAUGAGGUGUGGUAUCUCCAAUGCCAUUCUCUACGCCCUGACUGAAUCUGUAAACAACUCCAUGAGGUGUGGUAUCUCCAAUGCCAUUCUCUACGCCCUGACUGAAUCUGUAAACAACUCCAUGAGGUGUGGUAUCUCCAAUGCCAUUCUCUACGCCCUGACUGAAUCUGUAAACAACUCCAUGAGAUGUGCUUGA